UGAACUGUUUCAAUGUGAAGGUCAACAAAACGUGGUAAAAUAACUGAAGUAUGCCGAGACAACGUUCAUACACUUCGGCAGACGGAAAAUCAAGAACUUUAAACAGCAGCUUUUUUAAUAAGCAGUACAAGUCGUUAAAGACUUAUAUCAGAAGUACAGGUUCACAUCCUGUUUUGAAUUCAGAAUCAGGUUCAGCAACGAUUCCCGUCGUCUCUGGAUCACCAGGUGCACAAACUCUUAAGAAGGGCGUUUAUCUUCAGGAUGACAACGGGAAAAUUAUCAGUCUGACGAAGUCAAGGAAACACAAUCAUACAGAUGGUAGCAAGGUGAUUUUGGACUCAAAAAGUCGUCUAAUACUGGAUUUAUCCUCUUUGGGCCUUGUUAAUUUGUCUUCUGACAUUGGUAUUCUUGGCGAUUUAAUAGAACUUUUUCUUUACGACAACAAAUUGACAAGCCUUCCUCCUGAGAUCGGGCUUUUACAAAACCUUCAGCGACUGUGGCUCCAAGAAAAUUCCCUUACGGUUCUACCUGAUGAACUUUCAUGUUGUUCUAAACUAACUCAUCUCGAUGUUAGACAUAACAGAUUAGAGGGUUGCAUUCCCUCGGUACUGACAAGAUUAACGUCUAUGAAACAGCUUUAUCUUACUUACAACAAGCUAACAGAUAUUUCGUCCGUUGGCAAUUUAUGUUAUUUACAAACGUUAGUAGUGAAAAGCAAUCAACUACAAGGACCGAUACCAGACUGUAUUGGAAAUCUAACACAGUUGAGAACUUUGGAUUUGUCAAAGAAUCGUUUGACUAAAAUUACUGAAAAUAUAAGUAACUGUAAAUUACUGUCCCGCUUUCUUGUGGAUUAUAAUCAAAUUGAUGAAUUACCGAAGUCUAUUGGUCAGUUAACGGAACUUACUGUUUUAGGACUAAAGUAUAACUAUCUUACUGAACUUCCAGACGAAAUCUGCAAUUGUGAAAAGUUGACUGAAUUCAAUAUUGAAGGCAAUCAUGUUAAACAGUUACCGGAAAAUUUACUCUGUAAUUUCAAAGAUUCAACAUCAGUGAUACUAUCGCGUAAUGAUUUCACAUCCUUUCCAUCUGGAGAUAAUGCACAAUACAAAAAUGUGAAGCAUUUCAAUAUGGACUAUAACCAUUUGGAAUCUUUUGAAGCAAGCCUAUUUUCAGAGAAUACUCAAUUAACUACAUUGAAGCUAUGCAAUAAUAAUAUUAUGAGCUUAGAUUUUAAAGGUAUAGAAAAUCUGAAGCAUCUUGUUGAAUUAGAUUUGUCCUACAAUCAAAUUGAUCAACUGCCUGACUCUAUCGGGGAAUUAGUAUUUCUAGAGGUACUCGAUUUGACCAGUAAUCGUUUGGAGGCAUUACCGAAUAGAAUCAGUGAACUGGUUAAUUUAGUUCAUCUUGAAUUGGAGUGUAAUCAGAUUGCAUCAAUUCCAUUAACAAUUGGCCAGCUGAAUCAAUUACAAGUACUCAAUUUAGAUGUAAACAAUUUAUCUAGACUUCCAACAACUAUAGGUAAUCUCAGCAAUCUGAAAAAAUUAAAACUCAGAGAGAAUCUUAUACAACGUUUGCCAUCGGAAAUCGGUAAACUGAAAAAUCUGACGCAUCUCUACCUGGCAAAUAAUAAACCGUUAGAUUUACUUCCUAUUGAAUUGGGAAUACUACCUAAUCUUAGGUAUCUCAGCAUUGAUGGUUGUAACCUCAGGCAGAUGCCUCAAGAAAUAACGAAAAAUGGAUCAGCCUUUGUUAUAAAGUACCUACGCGAUCUUCUAUGUGUUCAUUCUAGAAUCUGUCAAAACCCUAGUGCAUAACACCUGGAUGUGUUUUUUCAAAAGAAAGAGAAAAUCAUUGGCUGCGAAAUAAUAAUAAUAAUAUUCACAUGUAAAUUUUUUUUGUCUUUGUUAAACUAAAAAACCACAUCAUUUUGAUGAGUACCGCUUUUUUGUGUUGAUUUUAUUGUUUUAUUCAUUAAAACUGGUUCUUUUUUUAACUAUUCAACAUUCCCUUAGCUACCAAUUUGUAUAAAUCAUAUUUCUAAAACCUUUUUUUUUUCAAAGCGCGAAAAAUGUUUUUGUCAACUUCAGCUUGCCUUUUUACGUGAUGUUGAAAUUCCUUUUGAAGCAAUAUUGACUUUUUGUGCUGACUUCAUCCCUUAUUCGUUUUAUUUUAUGUACCAUCGUUAAUUUUUUUUUAAAUUAUUAUCAGAAUUCAAUUGUUCCUUUCAAUUCAUUUUGUAAGAUGUUAUACUCGC